AUGAUGAGCCCAAAGAUGAUGAACUUGAAGAUGCAAAGUUUGAAGACAAUAUAUUGGCUUUAUGUUUGGACAUUACUGUGAGAAUUUUUUUUUUUUUCAUGCUUGACAUUGAUUAUCUAGUUACUUAUGUAUGCACGUUUACUAUCUUUGGAUUAAUGUUGCAUCAUACAUAUGGAAGAUACCGUGAAAAGAAAUUUAUGGGUAAUCAAUUGAUCCAAUAA